AUGCUCAUCACCAAGUCCUACCACGACGUCCCGUCCUCCCUGGAUCCAAAUGGGCGUCCCUUAAGAAUUUUUGUGAUUGCUCCCAGUGUGCCAGGUUAUCCCCAUGCAAAGUUCCCCGGCGUAGUAUGCUUCAGUGAAAUUUAUCAAGUGACCGGCCCCGUAGAACGUUUUGCGGGCCAAAUCGCGAGUCAAGGCUAUGUCGUAGCUUGUCCGUCAAGCUAUCAUGAGUUCGAGGGCCCCGAUCCUAUUCCCUACGACGUCGAAGGAACCGACAGGGGAAACAAGUACAAGAUCGAGAAAGAAUUGGCUGCCUACGACGAGGAUGCGACAGUGUCCAUCGACCUCUUGUGCUCACUGAAGACUUGCAACGGCCGGAUUGCUGCUACCGGCAUGUGCCUCGGAGGACAUCUCGCAUUCCGGGCUGCAUUCGACCCGCGCGUUCUCUCUUCUGUCUGCUUUUUCGCCACGGACGUACAUUCGGCCAGUCUCGGUAAGGGGAAGAAUGACGAUUCUCUUAUCCGUGUCCGCAACGGGGAUCUGACCGGCAAGGGCGAGCUGGUGAUGAUCUUCGGGAAGCAGGAUACGCACGUCCCCCGUGCUGGUCGAGACUUGAUCAGGAAGUCGCUGGAAGACGCCAACGUCCCGGUCUCGUUCCUCGAGGUGCAAGCCCAGCAUGCGUUCAUCCGCGAUGAGUCGUCCAAGGGCCGGUGGGACGCAGCGCUCACCCGAUCACUCUUCACCUUCAUGUUGGAAGUAUUCGAGCGCACGGUCGGCAGAGAUUUGGGACCCAAGGAGGGCGACGGAGGUCCCGUUGAGCACGUAUGUUAG